AGGUUUAUACGGCAAAAAGUACAUUGAAGCCGAUACGAAGUCGUUUUCGAGUAGAUAUCAUAUACAGAGUUGAAAUGUCUCUUUCUGAGGCUUUAAAAUCUGACCCUCCCCCACAACACUCUCUUCCGCCAUUAACUCCAUUUUAUAAACAUCACAACGCUGUGACACUAACGGAACUCCAGAUCUGAAUCCGCCUCUCAAGGUCUUGGGCUUUCCCAGAAGAGUUACAGUGGAAGAGGAAGGAGUAACAAUGAUUUGCGAAAGAGAUGAUUUCAGCCUCACUGGCCCAUUACACUUAACAUCUGUAGAUUGGGCUAAUGAACAUCACAGGCGAUCCGUAGCUGCCUCCUUGGUCCAAGGAAUCUAUGUAGCUGAGCGUGACCGUCAGCUACAAAGGGAAGGUCCCGAGCUAGCUCUAUCUCCUCUUUGGUCUGAGUUUUUCCAUUUCCGCCUCAUUCGCAAGCUUGUAGACGACGCUGAUUUCUCCAUAUUCGGAGGAAUCUACGAGUACAAACCGUCUUCUGGUACUGCCAAGUCCCAAGAACUGAGUCCGCGUUUCGUGAUUGCCUUCAGAGGAACCGUUAAUAAAGCGGAUUCUAUCUCCCGCGACAUCGAGUUAGACAUCCACAUCAUUAAAAACGGGCUGCACACUACGACAAGGUUUGAGAUAGCUAUGCAAGCUGUGAGAAACAUGGUGGCUUCGGUUGGUUGUUCGAAUGUCUGGCUUGCUGGUCAUUCUCUUGGUGCUUCCAUGGCCUUGCUUACUGGGAAAACAGUCGCUAGAACCGGAGUUCUCCCCGAGUGUUUCGCCUUUAAUCCCCCUUUCUUGUCUCCUCCUAUUGAAAGAAUCAAAGAUAAGAGGAUCAAACACGGGAUACGUAUCGCAGGCAGUGUGAUCACAGCUGGACUUGCUCUAGCCAAAAAAGCAAGCCAGCAAGUCAGCCAAAACCACCGUGCAUUACCAGCACCACCCGACCAGUUUGCCGCGUUAUCCGACUGGUUUCCACGGCUUUACGUCAAUCCCGGGGACCACUUGUGCUCCGAGUUUAUCGGUUACUUCGAGCACCGAAACAAGAUGGAGGAGAUAGGAGCCGGUUUUGUAGAGAGGUUAGCAACGCAGCACUCGUUGGGCGGUUUGGUGAUGGAUGUUGUGAGCGGAGGAAAUAACACGGAAGCACCUGUUCAUCUGAUUCCGACGGCGGUUCUAACGGUUAACAUGAGCUCGUCAAGAGAUUUUAAAGAAGCUCAUGGGAUUCACCAGUGGUGGAGGGAGGACAAGAUAUUCGACACCAAAAUCUACCAGUACAAGUGAUUGAUAAAUUAAAAUCGGGUUAACCGGUAUCAAUACCCUAUGUAUGUUAAACCAAUACUUGAUCUUUCUAACCGGAAUUAAGCUUCUUCUUCUUUCCGGUUUAGCCGGUUCAAA